UACAUUACCCACAAUGCAUUGUGUUAUCAAUAUGGCAUCCGACAUAGCUAGUGGAGUUUAGCACGCAAAUAUAUAUAAAAAACGCUGUUUCAUAUAACGGCUCGAAGGCAAUAUUUCGGACAAGAGAAUGAAACUGUUGCGUGUUACGGCCGAAUACGCCCAUGGUAUUUGUGUUUUAAAAAGUUACAGUCGUUACCUGGGUUCGUCCUGUGUCGACUUGACAGCUCCGGGGGACGCGGCACUGGUGGUCGGGUCAAGCCGGGAGCUGGUGCGCAGGCUCGGGUCACAGGUGGAGGUGAGGACGGGCUUCAUCACCCAGGAGGAGGAGGACGCUCUUCUGCGGGAACUGGAACCUGGUUUGAAGAAGAAACGCUACGAAUUUAAUCAUUGGGAUGACGCCAUUCAUGGAUACAGAGAAACCGAGCGCGUGACCUGGGGGACAGAAUGUCAGAAUAUCUUGAAUCGGGUCCGGUCUGGCGCUUUUGCAGCUGGUAGCUCUCUCCUCGGGCCUGUGCACGUACUCGAUCUGGACAAGACCGGCUACAUCAAACCUCACAUUGACAGUGUCAAAUUCUGUGGCAGCACCAUCACUGGGUUGAGUCUGCUGUCAGAUAGUGUCAUGCGCCUGGUCAAAGGAGACACUCCCAGUGAGUGGCUGGACCUGCUGCUGCCCCGACGCUCCCUCUACAUUCUCAGGGACCAGGCCAGGUACGACUACACUCACGAGAUCCUUAAAGAUGAAAAGUCAAUGUUUAACGGAGAGAAAGUGCCUCGACAGCGCAGAAUUUCUGUUAUUUGUCGAAACCUUCCGGGAUAAAAACAACAAAUCGCCCAAAUAAUUUGUUGAAACUGGUGUAUCAGCACUUUUUAUUAAUUUAUGGACAUCUGAGAACAUAACCAGUUCCAUAUCAUUGAAGUUAUCAGUCAAUAUGUUCAUUGAUCAUAAACAGAUUCCUUCUCAAUUAAUAAAAGGGGUCAUAUUAUGA